AUGACUAUCAUAUAUCCAGACGGCAAUGCGACGCCCGGAGGUCUUCGCAUCUUGAUUGUCGGCGCCGGCAUUGGAGGUCUUACCGCUGCAAUCGGGCUGCGCCAACAGGGUCACUGUGUCGAGCUCUUUGAGCGGUCGCGAUUCGCAAAUGAGAUUGGAGCAGCCAUCCACUUGUCAUCAAAUGCAAACAGCGUGCUUCUGAAGCUAGGGGUCGACGUGACCAAGUUUGGCGCGGUUGAGUGCGAAACGUUGCGGGAAUACACUCCUGCGGGAGAAAUUAGCCAUAUUACCCCAGUCAAGCAGCACGGAGCCUUGUGGAGAAAUCCUUGGCUUCUCGUUCAUCGAGCCCACUUCCACGAGGGUCUCAAGGCUGCUGCUCAAGGACCGGGCAAGGGUGAGCCCGCAGUGCUUCACACGUCUAGUAAGGUGGUUGAUGUUGAUCCGCACAAUGCGACGGUGACCCUCGAAAACGGUGAUAUCAUCGAGGGCGACGUUGUAAUUGGCGCCGAUGGAGUCCACUCGUUGACUCGCCAGAAGCUCAGCCCUGACAUCAAGCCCUUCAGCUCUGGCAAGAAUGCUUUCCGCUUCCUCAUUUCACGCCAACAAGCUCUGGAUGACCCCGAGACGCGAAGUAUUGCCCAGGAUUAUGGCGCCGUUGACAUGUGGGACUCAUCUGACCGACGUGUGGUCAUCUAUCCCUGCGCAAACAAUGAAUUGCUGAAUUUCAUUUGCAUUCAUCCCGACUCCCUGACUACGAUCAAUGAGGGCGGUGAUUCUUACAACCAAUCUAUCAGCAAAGAAACGCUGCUGGAUGUCUAUAAGGAUUUCAGCCCUCAAGUGCGCAAAUUGCUUGCAAAGGCCGAUCCCGAGAGUUUGAAGCUUUGGCCGCUUCUGGAUAUGGCUUCGGUGCCUACGUGGGUUAAAGACCGCAUGGCCCUCUUGGGUGACGCGGUACAUCCAUUCCUUCCAUACCGUGGCUCGGGUGGUGCCAUGGCCAUUGAAGAUGCGGUUUCGCUGUCGGUGAUGUUGCCGGGAGACAUCACAAAAGCCCAGGUUCCAGAGAGGCUGAAGCUUUAUGAAAAAGCACGCUACGCACGUGCUACAACCGUUCAGGAAAUGACUCGCGAAUCAGUUCAAUUCCUGCCGCCAGAUAAGUCAUUCGGGAUGGUGGUUUACAUUUUCGGCCACGACGAGUUUGAUCAUUCCACGCAAAUGCUUCGCGAGCAUCAAUGGUCCCAGAUGCCCAACGCAUACUGGCGACAACCCACAGUUUUUGGACCCAUGCCGGGUCCCCGACAAGACUUUAUGGGGAAUGAUCGUGCUUUGAAAUCUCAGUCAUCCACUUUCCAAACCGCCUCCAUCAAAUUCAAGACGAGCCGCACACUUCUCAAGAACCUUUUGCCGUCAGACCGCUACAGCUUUAUGGGGCCGGGCAGUGUGGCCCGCGCCAGCUUCUCCAUCACCACUCUGAACAAGAUGGACUGGUUAGGGGGAGGUGGUUACCGCCACAUCGGGCUGUAUAUCCACGGCGUACAAUACAAGAAAGAGAAUGGCGAGGUUGUCCGAGGUACCUACAUGCCGGUACUGUUCGAGAACCUUGCUGACCCUAUCAUCUCCGGCCGCGAAGAGCUCGGCAUGCCCAAACUCUACUCUGCUAUCGACGUGUUUGAGCGUCACAAUUCGUACCGCUCGCAAACAAGCUGGCAGGGAGCGGUUUGGGGACACUUUGAGCUCGAGGACCUGGAAGAUGAUCACCAGUCCGCUGCAAAGGGCACUAUCGGUGGCGAAGAUGACGAAGGGAUUUUGGUCCAUCGGUAUAUUCCCAAGGUCGGUCGAGACCAGAAGGGUACUGCUGAAGCAGAGUAUCCAGUCUUCGUCCCACACGCGCAGGAAUCCAAGGUCGUCUCGUCCACGAUUACGCGGGUCCGUCGCACGAAAAAUGCCAAAAUUGAGAUUAAUGCACUUGGCUGGGAUGCCUUGCCUACGAUCAAUCAUGUCGUGACUCGAUUGGAAGAAAUUCCAGUUGACGAGAUCUUGGAGGCGAAGAUUACCGAGGGCACUGGUGUCCCCGAUGUGUCGAGCGCUUACCGUCUCGAAUGA